GCAACACACUUGAUAUUGUCCCACGAAGAAGACAAUAACAGGAGAAAGGGUAAAAUUGCUGGGUAAAAGCGCGGCUUGCAUUAAUACUCCGGAAUAAAAAUAAAACAGAAAUUAAAAUCUCCGACAAGCUUGUCUUUUUAGGCAUUCAGACCAAAGGCGGCGGCUUGAACGUCUUAAGUUAACCCGCCAGCUCACCUCCCCGUCUUCGCCUGUUUAGCUGAGCUCGGGCUAACUGACGCCACUGCGCCCGCAGACAAGGCGAGCAUGUCGGACGACUUCAGCGAAGACAUGAGCAUCACGAGGAUGGAGGAGGACGGCGAGGCGUACAGCGACGACCCCAUGACGGCGGCAGGGGCGAGCGACGGCGGCCUGAAUGCCGGCGGAGAGGCCGAAGGGUCUCGGAUCGACGCCAGUAAGAAUGAGGAAGAUGGAGGGAAGGUGUUUGUCGGAGGCCUGAGCUGGGACACCACAAAGAAGGACCUGAAAGAUUACUUCUCCAAGUUCGGGGAGGUCAUAGACUGCACUCUGAAACUGGACCCCAUGACGGGUCGAUCCAGGGGCUUCGGCUUUGUGCUCUUCAAAGAUGUCGGAAGCGUGGACAAGGUCACGUCUCAAAAGGAACACAAGCUCAACGGAAAGGUCAUCGACCCCAAAAAGGCCAAGGCCAUGAAGGGCAAAGAGCCGGUCAAGAAGAUUUUUGUGGGGGGUCUCUCCCCGGACACCCCCGAGGAGAAAGUCCGAGAGUACUUUUCUGCCUUUGGAGAGGUGGAAUCCGUGGAGCUCCCCAUGGAGAGCAAGACCAACAAAAGGCGGGGCUUCUGCUUCAUCACGUUCAAGGAAGAGGAGGCGGUGAAGAACAUCAUGGAGAAGAAGUACCACAACAUCGGCCUGAGCAAGUGUGAAGUGAAGGAGGCCAUGUCCAAGGAGCAGUACCAGCAGCAGCAGUACUGGGGAGGAAGAGGAGGGUACGCCACUAGGUCUCGAGGAAGGGGCGGCGGUCCUGGUCAACAAUGGAACCAAGGCUACGGAAACUACUGGAAUCAAGGCUAUGGCAACUAUGGCUACGGUAACCAGGGAUACGGAGGCUACGGCGACUACGAUUACUCAGGAUACGGCAACUACUACGGAUACGGCGACGACGGCACCCCGCCCCUUGGCUACGGCAAGUCGCCGCGGCGCCCUGUUCACAGCAACAGCUACAGGCCGUACUAAAUUGCGCGUGGAAAGCCUCCCAAGACCCGAAGCAGCGGAGCUUCCUUGCAGGCCAUGAGCUGACUCCCAGAUACUCUCAGGGCCCGCUCAAUGCGGACCGGGUACGAGAAGCAUACGCUCUCGAUUGCUGCCGUUUGGUAUGGUCUCACAACAUCCUGUAUCCGCAUUUCUGAACUCAAACCAUAUGGGACAAAACGUGCAGCUUUCACCUUCCUUUCCCAUUGUUUUUUUUUUCCUCUGGGGAUUGUUUUUUUUUUUUUGUUCCGUUUGCAGCCGUACGUGAUGUAAAGGUUAAUUUUACGCACACUGUAAUGGUCAUUCUUUACAGGCCCCCUUCUACAAGUAAUAAUAAUAAUAUUGAUAAUAAGUAUUUGCUCCUUUAAGGUGUUUGCACUCCUGAUGUAAGCUGCUUGUUUCUUGUCCAUGAGCUAGCAGCUUCUAUGGACGCUGCUGUUGUGUUGGGGGAAAAAGUGUCUUCUCUGUGUAACCUGUAACCUUUAUUUAUUGUAAAUGUAACACAAGAAGCAUAUUUUUACAGAAAUUUGCACGGAAUGUUCCUUUUUUUUUUUUAAAUGUGCAUCUUUUUACCAAAGGUUUCCUUCUAGUUCAGGGGUGUCCAAACUUUUUCCACUGAGGGCCGCACAGUGAAAAAUAAAAGCACUUGGGGGCCAAGUUGAUAUUUUUUCAUUUUCAAAACCAAUUCAAUAUACACUUUUUUUUUUUUUUUUUUUAAUUGUUGGGGCUCCCUUAAGGACCCAGAAGGGUUUCAUUCUCAAACAAGGUUCAAAACAAGUCAUAUAUUAUUUUUUUCAUAAAACCCUUGAAUCGCUAAUUCUUGUCAGGCUUUCCCCUGACAGUUUGUCUAUGUUUUAGUUUUCCUCUUUAGUUCCUGUCUAGUGCUCUUAUUUUGUCAGCUUCCUGUCUUGUUCCCUGAGUGCUGUGUUCCUCCUCAGCUGCGGCUGAUUGGCACCUGGUCACACCUGUUGCCAAUCAGCCUGCUCCUAUUUGUACCCUCUUUGUCUUGUGUCAGUUGCUGGAUCAUUGUAUUGUCAUUUGUAUUGUCGUUGCCUCAUGUCACUCUUGUGUCUGGCAUCUUUUCAGCUAUUACCUAUCGUGCUACAUCUUGUCCUGGUCGUCGUAGCGGUGAGCUGUUUUUGUUAGCAUUAGCUAUUUCCAGUUUUUCUGUUUGUUUUCCACUAGCUUCCAUGCUGAAGUUCUUUUUUGUUAUUGUCUAGCUCCCAGGCAGGGCUUCACGGUGGCAGAGGGGUUAGUGCGUCUGCCUCACAAUACGAAGGUCCUGCAGUCCUGGGUUCAAAUCCAGGCUCGGGAUCUUUCUGUGUGGAGUCUGCAUGUUCUCCCCGUGAAUGCGUGGGUUCCCUCCGUGUACUCCGGCUUCCUCCCACUUCCAAAGACAUGCACCUGGGGAUAGGUUGAUUGGCAACACUAAAUUGGCCCUAGUGUGUGAAUGUUGUCUGUCUAUCUGUGUUGGCCCUGCGAUGAGGUGGCGACUUGUCCAGGGUGUACCCCGCCUUCCGCCCGAUUGUAGCUGAGAUAGGCGCCACUGCCCCCCGCGACCCCAAAAGGGAAUAAGCGGUAGAAAAUGGAUGGAUGGAUAGCUCCCAGGCUAGCUCCUUUUGUUUGAUUAUCCGCCUUGUGCGCGCUUUGUGUUUGUACCCUUUUGGUUUUGUUUUUGUCUUUAGUAUUUAAUUAAAUCAUGUUUUCACAUUCCAUGCCUGCCCCCAUCUCCGCAUCUUGGGGUUCGUCAACAAAUAACUCUGACAAUUCAACUUUAUUUUUUUCACUUUUUACGAGCUUUUUGUCACAACCCUAUUUUUUGAGGCAAAAUACACAAUAUUUUCCCCCAAAAAGAUUUUCAAAGUGAAAUAUUUAAUGUGAAGUUAUUGGAUCCCUAAACGGGUUAAUAAUUCAUAGCAAAAUUGAUUUAAAUUCAUUAUUAUUAUUAUUAUUUUUGCAAAGACAGUUAUUAAAUUCCACUAAAAUCCUUAGGGGAUCCAAAAGUGCCCCACUCAUAAAAAGGUCAUGUUUUUUAAAAUUAUUUUUAUUUUUCAUUCAACAGUUAAAUCUUUAUAUCAGCUUUAGAUAAUAUAUAUUGUAAUUGGUUUAGUAUAUUUCUAAUAACAAUCAAUAAGAUAAUUAGUAUAAGUGUAUAAUUAGUAUGGACAUUUUUUAUUUCAAAUUCUCAUAUUUUUCUUUUUUUUAUUGUUGUAUUCAUGUCCUUUAUUUCCUUAAUCAAUAAUUCAUAGCAACAUUGAUUUUUAUUCAUUAUUAUUUUUUGAGAAAUUAUUUUAAAAAAUUGUGUUAUUAGAGUUAAGAAUGCAACUUUUUCUCGUUGCAUUUCACCAAUUGGCUCUUUUAUUCGACUUUUUAUUGUUUAAAAAAUAUAUAUUUUUAGAACGAUGUGCUGCGGGCUGGUAAAACAUUAGCUGCGGGCCGCAAAAUGGCCCCCCGGGCCACACUUUGGACACCCCUGUUCUAGUUCAACUCAAGAUCUUUGCUAUUUAAAGUGUUAAAUGUUAAUAUAUACUUAUUUUUUUCACAUGCCGUUUCCUGUUGACUUUAUGGUGUGAAAAGGUGUCCCGAGCUGACAUUGGUGUCUUUUCUCAGGUGUCGGAGCGACGAGGCUGGCUGGGGGGGUGCAGGGCCGCAGCGACGUCGCCCUCUUCCUGAUUGUAAGAAACUAAACUGAAGAGUACUGUACCCCACAUUUUCUUCUUUAUUCCACGGAGCUUUUUGGGAUUUUUGAUUUUUUUUUUUUUUUGCCAGUUAUUUAGAUGUUUUAACCUUCUUCUCAUCCUUUUUGUUUUUAGUACUUAACGUCCUUUCGUGCUGUUUGUGAAUCACUUCAUUUAUUACGUAGACAAAUAGACACUUAUUUACAGCCUUGUGGUAGCAAAGACACGUAUUCAUCAGUCUUAGAUAGAACAUUUACGGUGGAACCUCGAUUUACCAAAUGGAUUGGUUCUUGUUAAACCACAAAGUUUGUAUGAGAAACGACGUAAAUAUUAAUGGUGGGUUUCAGCCUGGACAAAAGUCUGUGUAUUAGCAAAGGUUUGUACACUUUGAACACAAUAUAAAGUGCCAUACAGUACUGUAUAUCAGGCAAACAUAAAAAAAUGAAUCAACUUUCUCUUUAUUAAACAAAAACAAGCCAAUUUGCCACAGAAAUCCCUUUGGUGCCCUCACAAACGAUCAGAAAUCACACAAAUCCUUAACUUUAACAUCGGGAGAGAAAGGGAAUGAGAGGUAGCGUUUUUUUCCUCCGCAGUGAAAUACCGUAUUUUUCGGAGUAUAAGUCGCACCUACCGAAAAUGCAUAAUAAAGAAGGAAAAAAACUUAAGUCCCAUUUUUUGGGGGAAAUUUAUCCGAUAAAACCCAACACCAAGAAUAGACUUUUAAAUGCAAUUUAAAAUAAAGAAUAGUGAACAGGCUGAAAAAGUGUACGUUAUAUGAGGCAUAAAUAACCAACUUGGGGGCGGUAUGGCGUAGUGGGUAGAGCGGCCGUGCCAGAAACCUGAGAGUUGCAGGUUCGCUUCCCACCUAUGGACAUCAAAGUCGCUGCCGUUGUGUCCUUGGGCAGGACACUUCAGCCUUUGCCCCCGGUGCCGCUCACACCGGUGAAUGAAUGAUUGGUGGUGGUCGGAGGGGCCGUAGGCGCAAACUGGCAGCCACGCUUCCGUCACUCUACCCCAGGGCAGCUGAUGUAGCUUACCACCACCAGGUGUGAAUGAAUGAUGGGUUCCCACUUCUGAGUAUAUAACAAUAGAAAAGCGCGAUAUAAAUCUAAUCCAUUAUUAUUAUUAUUAUUAUUAUAACUGAGAAGGAGCCUGCUAUGUUAACCUAACAGAUUAUGGUAAUAGUCAUUCAAAUAACUAUAACAUAUAGGAAAUGCUAUAAGUUUACCAAACAAUCUGUCACUCCUAAUCGCAAAAUCCGAUGAAAUCUUAUACGUCUAGUCCCUUACGUGAAUGAGCUGAAUAAUAUUAUUUGGUAUUUUAGGAUAAUGUGUGGGCUUCACGGUGGCAGAGGGGUUAGUGCGUCUGCCUCACAAUACGAAGUUCCUGCAGUCCUGGGUUCAAGUCCAGGCUCGGGAUCUUUCUGUGUGGAGUUUGCAUGUUCUCCCCGUGAAUGCGUGGGUUCCCUCCGGGUACUCCGGCUUCCUCCCACUUCCAAAGACAUGCACCUGGGGAUAGGUUGAUUGGCAACACUAAAUUGGCCCUAGUGUGUGAAUGUUGUCUGUCUAUCUGUGUUGGCCCUGCGAUGAGAGGGCGACUUGUCCAGGGUGUACCCCGCCUUCCGCCGGAUUGUAGCUGAGAUAGGCGCCAGCCCCCCCGUGACCCCGUAAGGGACAAGCGGUAGAAAAUGGAUGGAUGGAUGGAGGAUAAUGUGUUAGUAAUUUCACACAUAAGUCGCUCCUGAGUAUAAGUCGCACACUAUGGAACUAUGGAAAAAAAAACUGCGACUUAUAUUCCGAAGAAUACGCUAAGUCUGCUCUGGCAUAUUUUUCCAGAAAACUGUAGGAACCUCGCUUCGUCAAUUCUCCAAUACUUGUGAGCUCUCUCAAUGUUUCGGGAACUCAUCGAGUUAGCAAAAUGCACAAAACCUGACAAAGGGCGUAGAAACACAGAAAGCCGGCGUGGAGAAGUGACGUGAAAAGCCGCGCCCUGCUUUUUCUUAUUUGCAGGCGGAAAGCAGAAUAAAUGUAAAAGUGUGUGAAUGGAGAAGUCCGCAAAUGGCGCGGUUGGUAAAUCAGGGUUCCACUGUACACACACAUGGAUAAUGUAUCCAACAUAGGCAAGUGUGAGAAACCAAUAAAACAUGGAUUUAUGAA